CUGACAUGGCGGAUGGCGGACAUUACAUGGGAGACCAAUUUUAUCGAAGAUCAGGAGAAUUUUGUGGUAGAAAGUGUACCUUUUAAGAUUUAGUGAUAAACAGUAAAAGCUUGACGAUCUUCUAAAAUGUUUUCAAAGAAAAAGGAUCCCAAAGGUAAGUAUAACUAUUGUUGAAGCCGCAAACUAACUGGUGUUUAGGGUCCUCUUUAUAAUAUAAGCUUAAUAAUCUUUGCAAAAAUAUAUCUUGGGUAGGCAAACUAAGUUUUCUUGUUGUUUUAAAUUAUUAGUAUAGUUGGUUGGCCAACUUUCUUCAGCUGUACAGAUUGAUUGUGUCACGAGUUAGAAUGCGAAUAACUCUACGAGGGAAAAACAGACCGAAUGUAUGUAGAAAUUAGGAGAAUUGUGUGAAACAGUGCAAAGCUGUAUUAAAACACCACAAAUGUAAGCAAAAAGAGCCUUGAUAUGUCUUCAUUGGUGCUAAUUGCACUAUUUUGUUGUGUUAGUUUAAUAAUGGGUUCAUCAAUGGGCUAGAUUGCAGAAUAGCCGGCCCACUAAAUCUUCUAUAAGCACACUAGUUACUUGAUGCCGGUUACCGGUCAUCUCACCCCUAAGUCAUUUCGCCCCAGUUACUUAGCCCCCCUACUAUAGAACGAGAAAUAUUAUAUUUGAAGCAUGCUUGUUUUGGUUUAUGGCUUAAACAACAAGGAAUAUUACAUUUGAAGCGUGCUUGUUUUGCUUUAUGGCUUAUAGAAUGAGGAGUAUCACAUUUGAAGUGCGGUAAAUGACUCAAAAAAACCGGGGCAAAAUGACCAGUUACCCUUAAUACUGACUCCGGGAGUGCGGGAUUAGUCUGCAGGAGCAUAAGUUGUAUACCCUCCUAGUAUACACUUUUCAGUGAUUACAGGAGUAUAGGACUGCAGAAGUACUCAUUUAACUCAUUUAGAUUUUUAGUAUUCGUCGACUUUCGGAGUGUGGGACUGCGGACCCAGCAUAAAAGAACAUGACUGAAGGACUGCGUGUCAGAGCAGUUUUUCAAAUAAGAUAUAUAGUGGGCGGGUAUUCUGCAAUUAUUGCUCUCAUCAAUGCUUUUUAUGACUUUUCAUGCAAAAAAGCUGAACUAGAACUUGUGGUAUGAUGUGAAGAAUAGCUCACUGAAAAAAAAAAGAUUUAACUGAAAGAUCACUUAAAAUCACUCACAGUAGAGGAAUAGCAAAAUUGGCUUGAAAAAUGAUUACCUCAUAAUGCGAUUGCCUCCAAAAUAAGGAGAAAUGUAGUUUAAGACCCACCAUAAUAUUGUUUUCUAGGUCGUAAACUUGAUUUGCAAUCUGGGAUUUAAAAUAUUUACUAAGAUUUCAUGCAAAGUACAGUAUUCAAAAUGACAAAGUAUGUCUCCAAAUCAUACAUUGCAGACUAUUUUUAAGAGGGAGGAAUAGGGACCAAGAUAACCUUUCAGUAGACAGAAACAAAGGACAGUUAUCACACGAACUCAUGAACACCUCCUUAUUAUGGACAGUUCUUCAAACUUCAUACAAUACCUGCCCCCAAAAAGACUGUUUUGCCACCUAGAUUUCUUUUGUAAAGUUGACGCUACCUUUGGUAAUAAUCAAAGCAAUUUUUAGAGUACACCUGCAAUGCGCUCUACAUCUCCAGAUAACUUUAUGACAUAUAAUAAUGCAGUCAGUUAAUACUGACAGCAUACAUGUACUACAGUCUCAGACAAAAAUAGUUGGGACACUCAGACCAAACGCUGUUUUUUCCUUCUUGUGCUCCUUCUGCCCAUCGCAAAGUUGUUUAUCGCAGUUUAGUCACCAAACCUUGUACACCAACAUUGAGGGGACAUGGAGACACAAAAGUGUCCCAACAAUUUUGACUGAGACCGUAGCUUAUGCAUUACGAACAAACCAGCAAAAAACUGUUUCUUUCCAUGUAGGCUACUGUUAGCCAUCUGUUGUUGGCUGAUUGUUGAACUUUUUGAGAUUUAAUGUUAUAUAGCUGUAUUGAUUAAUUUUUAACAUCAAGAUCAAUUUUAAUAUUUUAUCAGAACAAAUGCGACAACAGAAAAGGGAGCUGAAUAAAACACAAAGGCAGUUAACAAGAGAUCAGAAUGCUCUUGAAAGACAAGAAAAACAGUUGGUGAGGAUAAUUGGAAUAGGGUGUUGAAAUUACUAGACUCUACAACACCAUUGAUAUGCAUAUCAUAUUAUCCAGGAUUUUUUUGUAAUUCUGUACCAAUGGAAUAGCCACACGUGGAAUGUGGAGUAGCCCUAAUGUCUCAUACAAAUAACUUUCAUUUUUACUCAAAAGAGUGAUAUGGUGGCCCAGAGAUGCCAACCUCUGGAGAUCUAAAAUCAGGAGACUCUCUAUUUUGCAUUACACCCCCCCCACCAAAUGUCAACAUCCCCCACCCCCCUUGCCCACAAAAUGACCCAGCCGCUAUGGCUAAGGACAUUAUUAUGAAGUCUUACAUGAAGUACUUGACAAAAUAAUCUUUGUCAGAGAUUAAAAUUAAUGUGGGCAAAAAUGUCCUAGAAAUCGUACAAUGAAUAAAAAAAGUUUGAAUUGUGAAAAAAAAAUGAGCUAAAUUUCAAACUUAAGCACAGGAAAGCUCAAAAGUCCAAUUUAUGCAGGAGAUUUGGUGACCCAAACGGGAGAGCUGGAGAUCUGUGCCUUGUCCGGUAGAGUUGGCAUUAUAUGUUUGGUCAUUGUUUAUAUUUCCACUGGUCAGUGCAGCACUUAUUAAUCUAGGGUCACAAGGUGGCAGUGAUCUAGCAGCACCAUUUUGCAAGGCACCCUGGAUUUUAGAAGUCAUAACACUGGGCUCCCUUCUUCCCCUUUGCUCAUAAAUACAGGCUUGUAAAUACUUGUUAUAAUAAUUAUUAUUAUAGGAGACAAAGGAAUUUGAGAAUCGACCUAGUUUAAAAAAAAGUUAACUUUAAUUUAAUUUGGCCUGUACCAUGUACACCCUAGAUCCUCAAAAAUAAUAAUGAAAAGUAUAAUGGUGGAAAUGCUUACUUUUCUCCUUAACCGUUAACCAUUUUGGUUUUCACAAUUAUUGUUCCAGGAAGCUGAAAUAAAGAAAAUGGCCAAAUUAGGAAACAAACAGGUUUGUAAAAUCUUGCACACUAGGGAAUUAACUUGGUAUAAACAUACACGAAAUUAUUCCUGUCUGACUCAUUAUUUCUGUAAGUCACUUUAACUUGGUUGAAAAAAAAAAACAUCCUUACUCUGCCUCUUUUAAAAACUACAUGAUACCCCUAGAAAUUCCUACUUUGUUAGGUAAUGUAGUGAUAGUUUUUGAGUAUAUGCUCUGGUAGUUGGAGUUGUCUUGAAACUACAAUUCAAACCACAAGAAUAGUCUUGACAUUCCCUCCUGUAGACUUAAAAAAUAAUGAUGAUGAUGAUAAUUGUGGGCAACAAGAGGAGCCCGCGAUCCUAAUCUCCAGGUUGUUAUCAUGCAUGCGUCGCAUGCAUGUAGCCAGCAUUCAUAAUUUUUAGACUUCCACUAAGAAUGUAUGGAAUGCACAUAGCGUGUUAUUACUAGCAAAAUAAAUAAUAAUACUAACUAAUAAUAUUGAAUGAUAAUUUAUAAUAAUAAUUAAUAUUAUUCAUUCAUUUUUAUUCAAAAUAUUUCACGGUAUCUGUUUGACUCUAUCCCCCUGGCUAAUUCUUCAUAACCAACUGGCAUGUACCGUAUUUGGAAGAUGUGAGCAAUAUACCAUCGAUUUGACCGUAUACGAUCGGUCAACUGCAUUUCCAGGCACCGCACCCUAGCCAUUUAUUCCUGAAUGAACUUAAAAAGAAAAUGGCUUUCAUGGCUAUCUGAAGACAAAAUCUAUAAGCUGAAGUUUUAACUAACUGAACAGAAGAAAUGGAAGAAUACGCAAAAUAUAUCUCUCGAAGGAUGUUAUUUACUUCUUAAAGGAUUAUCUGUAGGCUAUUGUACAUUAUGCUUUUGCUUCCCCACUAAAAUGCUCCACCUUAAUGCUCCAUUUUUCCCACUAAAAUGCUCGGUCUCCCCAAAAAAGUCACUAAAAUGCUCGGAUAAUGCUCAUUAUACAAACGGUUUUUAAAAUUAAUUUCAAAGUUUACACUUACAAAAACGUGCAAGUGUUGCAAGUAACAACGACAACGUGUACAAGUCAAUAAAUACAGCCAAAAAAAGCCAGCUGUAUUAGGUUUUUUGUGAAUUUUGAGUUUUAGUCUUCAUUUUCUUUAAAAACACAGGAGCUCGUGGGGCAUGGGCUCCUGAAAAAAGUUAAUUUCUAUUUUAUUUUCUCGGAAAAAUUAAUUUUCCGGGGAAAAUGCCACUAAAAUGCUCGAAUAAUGCUCAAUGCUUUUGCCUCACUAAAAUGCUUGAAAAAAUGCUAGCAUAAUGUACAAAAGCCUAAUUAUCUGCAAGAAAAAACAUCUGUUUAUAUCCUGAAACCAUGCCAAGAAAUAGGCCAAAGUUUUAAUAAAGAAAGUCUAUGACAAGGUAAGCUUGUUAAGAACUUAGAAAUAUUUUGAAUGAAUUAUGAAUUUGGCAGGGAUAACAUCCUCCUCAAUUUGCAUAAUACUUCACAUCCUGUGCAGCUUCAUUUUUUUUUAAACCCCUUGUCACGUGAGUACUCAAGUGUAUCCGUUGAUGAAAACCGUCUUGCAUUUUAACCCUACUUGGCUCUUUCCCUCUCCUUAGGCUGCAACAACACUGGCUAAGCAGCUGAUAAAUUUACGAAAGCAAAAAACCAAGAACAUGGCGGUCAGCUCACGAGUUAUGGCUAUUGGACAUCAGACACAAACCAUGCACUCGACAGCAAAAAUGGCUGGAGCUAUGUCAACUGCAAGCAAGGUCAAAUUCAAAAUAUUUUGUUUUUAAUGGAAAAAUUCCUGUGUUUUUUUUUUCCAUCCAAAAUUCAUGUGCUUAUUGGUUAAUUAGAGGUCAUGUGAAAUCUAAUGAUAAAAAUGUUUCUCACCAAAACAUUUUCUGAGUGGGUAACAUUGCAACAUGUAUCACUAUGACAUCUAGUGAUUACAGAUGGUGCAAUGUUUAGCACUCAAAAUAAGUCAUGUCUGAUGGCCUAGGUCUAGUAGAUUUUGUGGUUAGACCAGUGUGGAUUCUAUCCCUCACUAAGCAAGUGAAGAUUUAGUCGUGAGGGUAUAGUCUGACUAACGAAUUAUUAGAUUUAUCGAUGGUGUGGUAGAAUCAUGGUAUAGUACGUCCUAAUUACAACUUGCCUAAAAGGCAAACUGGAAAAUUAUUGAUUUCAUAUAAUGUCUGCAAGAAGGUGGUAAAAAAUAAGUGGUAUAGAAAAGACUGCUUCCCCUCUUGCAUAGGGCUAAUAAUGGGUAAGGCUAUUAUUAGUUCACUUUUGACAAAGAUGUUGUUUUAGUGAUUUUUGGUAGCAUGUGUAGCAGGAGCUCAAAAGAGAGUUGGGUAAAGGGGGAAUAGGCCUUGGUCCUUGGCCUUUGUUUAUAUUGUGUUCAACUUUCGGUAUACACGAAAACAGUUUGCUUUUGAAAAAUUUUGUUAGCACGAGCUGAAAGAGCAUAUUAAAAUUAGGUAACCUGCAAAUCUUAAGCGUUAUAUCUCAAAAGUAGUGAUUGCAAUGGCCACCAAAAAUUAGAAGGAUUUUUAUGAGAAAAACAACUCUUGCCACCCAAUCACACUUGAGUGGUUUUCUAUGCAACUCCCUGUAAAUUCUGAAAUUUUUAAACUGUCGUUAAAUCUUUCCCUUAUGCAUUUUUAAAUGCGUGAUUUGAGCCCCAUGAUGUGUAGGAAAUAUUUCAGGACAAUUUGAAAAUUUCGAAAUUAACAAGAAUUUGUUUGGAAAACCAUUCAAGCAUGACUGGGCGGCAAAAGUUAGUUUCUCAUACAAAUCAUUCUAAUUUCUGGCAGCCGUUGCAAUUGCCACUUUUGGGAUUUAUGGCUGAUAAAUGCUUUUUCAGUUUCUGCUACCAAAAUUUUUCAAAAGCUAACUGUUUUCGUGAUCAACUAAUUUUUUCUCCAAUUUUUCUGCCUGUCAAUGCAGGCUAUGAUUGUAAGCCCCCAGCAUGCAAAGCUGCCUAAUGCAGCCAUUCCAAAAGUCAACAAAAGUUAACAACUUGAUGUUUUCCUACACCUAGACAAUGGGAAGUGUAAAUGCUCAGAUGAAUCCAGCACAAUUACAGAAUACUUUGAAAAACUUUGAAAUGGAAUCAACAAAAAUGGACAUGAAAGAAGAGAUGAGUGAGUUUAUCUUUACUCUAGUUUGUACUUUUACUUUUUAGGACUAUGAUUGGUUUUGUUAUAAGCUGCUGCUGAAGCAACAUAUUUUUUAUCUUGAUUCAUGACCCCUUUGUUCUUAUAUUUGGAAGAUUCUCGCUAAGUGUAGAAUCCUUUUAGCACUUAAUUUUUAGCCAAGUCUCAAAUUAUUUGUCUCCAAAUUUUUACAAAAUAAAUUGCCUGUAAAAUUAAGUAACAGAGAAAGCAUCCUAGCGUUUUUUCAAAAUCAAAUUAAUUAGUAAACAGUUAUGAACGUUGUGUAAUACAUUCUCUUGCAGUUAAUGAAACAUUAGAUUCAAUACUAGACGAGUCUGGAGACGAGGAGGAGCAGGAAGCCAUUGUCAAUCAAGUUCUAGAUGAGAUUGGCAUCGAAGUAUCUGGAAGGGUAAGUGUGGAGCAGGGAAGCAUUGUAAAAUGUGUGAAAUUCCAUACUGAUGAUGCGUCAGUACCCAGAACGUGGUAGUGCUUCUGUUUGGCCGUGCCGUGGGGUUCAACCAAUCAAGGCCACUACCCAGAUCUGGGUAGCGACACGUCAUCAGUAUGGAAUUUCUACGCUCGUUUCCCAGAUGUCAUUUCGCCGGGAAACCAGAGAUGGCUUCAGAAAUGUCAGCUGUUUUUCACAUGCUACGUAAGUGGGUACCAAAGACAUACUGCGGGGGGUAAUCCCGCGAUAGAUUAACAUCCCAUCCAGGGGGGAGUUGCAAUUUCCCAAUUCCCCCCUGGCUCAUUUUCAUGCUAUAAAUUCAGUUUCAGACUGGUACUAAUGUCUCUGUAUCCUAACCCUGAUAACUGUCUAGUUAGCUUAAAUCGACUGGUUCAUUUUACAUGUGCCGUUGUAAAUAUUAACAAAAACAUUGGACAACGGAGGAGGCGCAGAAAAAGUAAUGCCUAUCCACAAACCAUUGUUUGCGUUCUUCCGCCUUUUAUGUUUACAAAUGAGCGGUACUUAGAACAACGAUUUUGUCAAAUGGAAAAAGACAUUUCGGCCCCACCGACCGAGAUAACCAGAACGGUCAAAGUGGACCACCUUCAAAGCUGGUCCCGAAUAUUCCGGUCGGACCAAACCGAAAUGGACGGUUCCAUUUGAUGUACCAACCGAAUUUUCCGGAAUUUUAGGUUGAAUAGAAAGCGCCCGUAGAACCUGUUUUUAAGGGUACGCUCCACAAUGAGCCUCAUCCUUCGCCUCGCCCCAAGUAAGGGGAAUACCGGAAUACAGCUCAAAGAAUCCGAAAUCCCAGUAGUGAUUGGAAUCCAGAAUCCAAGUUCCACUGAUCCAGCAGCUGGAAUCCAGAAUCCAAGAUUGUCUUGGAUUCCCCGUUCAUUGGGCGAUUCACCCAGCAUUUGAAUGAAUAUCUCAUUAUUUCUCUUUUACUUUAGAUGGCAGAAGCACCUUCCGCUCAUGCAGGAAAGUUACCAACUGGACAGCGAGCAACUGCCGCCAAAGGAUCUGAUGCAGAUAUUGAAGAGAUGCUGGCCAAACUAAAAGCAUGAAAAUGAAAAUGUAACCAGCGUAAUUUAAUUUUUGUUUUUAGAGCAUUCCCUUUUUUUCUCAGUUUAGCGUCGUCCGACCGACCCAAAUAUUUGGCAUUUUCGAAAAAUGUAUAUAAAUACAGUAAAAAGGAAUGACGUAGUUGAACCUGUCUGACUUUUUGUGACCAUGCCUUGUUGUUUCCAGGUUCCACAGCAAUGAUGCUGGUUUUUCAGGCCUCCUAUUCUCAGACUUGUUGUCAGUAUUGGCCGUAUUCACACUAGAGACGGAUUGUCUGAGACGGGUUUUCCGUUGGAUAAUUCGCUUCAUGCAGAAAGAUAAUACGUCUUAAUUAGAAAAUGUAACGGUCUUAAUUUGAUGGACAAUCCGCCUGACUUGGUCCAUCUGUUUUCCGUCAAUUUUGAAGAUGGAUUAUCCGUCUCUAGUGUGAAAACAUUUUUUCAUUCGACCGACCGACCCAUCCCCAAAAUCAGAAGGAAACGCAGUCGACGCUAAACAAAAAAAGGGAUGGCCUUAAUAACAUAUUGAAAUAUAGCACAGAAGAUAAUGUUUACUUAAUCAAUAUAUUACUUAAUCACUUUCGUCGCAACAUUUUUGGUUGAAUAAAAUGCCCACAACUUAUUUUGUCAGAAUAAUAAAAAAAACAUUUUCCAUACGUUUUUUUCAAAGGUUUUGCUAAAAUUAAAACUUCAAAAGCAUUUUGACAAAGUCAAGGACAACGAAGAAGUUUUCAAAAUUCAAUAGAUAAAAUAUUUAGUAACAUUAAGGAAAAAAUUGUCAGUUUUCGUUGGCUAAGAAAGGAAGCAACAAGAAAUAAAACGGAUGAUAGUUCGUCUUUUUCGUUUUCUUACAUGAUUGUGUUUUCAAUGAAUUUGGGAUGAAUAAGCAGAAAUCAAAGUCACAGAAAAAAUAUUUUAUCGAUUAGCAUUAUUCCGUAGGAAUUUUUACUUGGUUUCAAGGUUAAAAACAAUAAAACUAAAUUUCAGGAGGCCAGUGCACGCUGCAAAUGUUAUUUCCUUGCAUGUCUAAGCUAAAUGGAAAAUGUACUCCGUGACCGGAUGUGUAUGUAUUGUUCUGGAUGUCAGUUUAUUUUUACCUUCUGGACCACAAAGGACAAUGAGAUACAACUUCCUAAGUGCGCGGCGUGGAUGCACUUACGUAGGCGUAGAAUGGUCGUAGAGUAGGUGUUACCUCAACAGAUAAUUUACCGAUCUCCAUGGAUGAAGUUUACAUUUUUCACAAAUAUUUCAGGACUUUUUCACGGCACGAGAUCCAAGUUCCUUUCUAAAAAGGCAGUCUGUAAUGCACUUGCGGGGCGUUAGUACUGUGCUCUGUAGCGAGAGAGGCAGUCAACCGAAAUCACCCAUUGCGUGGGCGAUAAGCUAAAAUGGACCUGUGGUUUUACUACAUAACUGAAAGAAUGUUCUAGAGCUCGUGCUGUAUCAUAAAGGGUCCGUUGGAGUCCAUAUUGAUCGAGGCCAGUACAUACUUUACGUUGAAAAAACAUAACAACACAAGCUAAAAACACCUGGCAAAUUCACAGCUGUGAAUUUGCUAGGUGUUUUUAGAUCAUCAGCAGUUAUAACACGUACUUGGUAAACAAAGUCGCCCGCAGUUUUAUAUCAUGCGGCGCGCUCUACCAUUUCUAAAGGUCUUAAAGAGAAAUCAGAAGACCUGAGGCUACUUUCAAAGUAGACAGACUGCAAAUGAUAGUAGUUGCUAAAAAUAUAUCUACGUGUCCCAACUGCCGUUUACUACUUAAAAUAUGCACUUUAACUGAGCAAGUAGUUACAAGUCAGGUUCAUCCAUAAGAAUUUAUUUUGCACGGUUUAGGAGCCCUAGGGGACACUCCCUCAUUUGGCCGCUGAACAAGGUAUAGUUUUCAACAGGGAGUAUUUUUAGACUGGAAGACUUUGAAAGAGUUUGAAGGCUGUAAAUGAGCGGUCUACUGAUUUCAGGGUCAUAUUAAAAAAUAAGGUUUCUACAGGCGAAUCUUUGCUGACGUCAUUGUUUACAUUUCUGCUCAUAACUCAUAGAAGCCGUGGUCGUAUAUAUGAACUAAAUGCAAAAGUUGAAAGAGCUGAUUAAGUUGAGCAAUUUGUGUAAU